AUGAAGAAACUAAGGCUUGGAGAGCCGGAGCGGGUUGUGCAAGACUGCAUUGUGAUCAGCAUGAUUAAAGACUUCUUGGCAACCAGUUUUGGGAGAAAGAGAUCUUUUACCAAAGACCAGAAGGCGUGUUCCAUGCCCGCAGCCAAGGUGAUAAAACUCCUCAGGUGUUUUCCCUUUCCACUGCCAGUGUCGACCGAGCCCAGGCACGCGCCAGGAGGGCUUCCCAAUACCUGUGGACAGGUUCAUGAUUCAUGCAGCACUCGGAGACAAGCUGCUGCCUGGCACCCAGGUUCUUCUUGGCACCGGAGAUUCAACGAACAAGAGCACCAGAUAUCCACACACACACUGCUGGUGUUUUAG